GGUGGCUCUGGGCAUUUUGGAGUGUCCCUGUGAGACUUGGGGUUGGUUAACCCGUCUCCUUCAUAGGGAAGGUUCAGAGUGUGUCUCUCUGUAAAGAGGACUCGGUGAAAGAGAAAAGGGACCUGCAGACGGCUGGUGAGGGUGGGGGACCCCUCAUUCCCCACCUCUGACCACAGCUCUCUCGCUAAUGCUAGGUCUGGGUUAGCAUUUAGCACACGGGAUGUAAAGAUUUACCAAGAAGCCGUUUAUUUUCCUGCUGAAUUCUCUGGGGUCCCAAGCUGCCCGCUCCUAGGGGGCCUCAUAGCAGGCAGGGUUUUUUAGAACUUCCCCUUGGGGUAGCACAGGGCUUUGUGAGCCGUCUUUGAGAGGUCACUGUGCUCCUCCAGGGCUCUGCUCGGUGCCCCUUUCUCUGCACAGGGUUCUGUCUCAGCCCUGAGGCUUCUGCCUUCUGGAAAUGGUUCCUCCUUUCUGCCUGCUGGAAGCUCUGCUUUCUUAUAUUUUCUUCGGUGUUCAUCCAUUCUUGGUCAGGCCCUGGUCUCAUUCCAGUGGUUUCUCAUGUUGCUCAGUUAAACCCAGAGGGGAUUUCUCCAGCACUGACCUUGCUAUUGGCAAGCUUGGGCUGUGGGAUUUGCUAUUUGUUCCUUAAACUGAGCCUUCUUUGACUGCUAUUCAUACAGAAUCGCAGUUUUUUACUUACUGUUUGUUUUACUUAGUAAUAAAGCCUAAAAAUAGUUGAGGGUUUUCUUAAAAUGUGCUUAUUUAAUCCUACUUGUCCACUCAGUCAGCCCAAGCCAACAAGUCUGGUCAGUUCCUCCUAGCCUGGGUGCGGGGCUGUGUUGCUGGGCUCCUGCUUUUCUGGGGGAAUGCUGACAGCUGAGGUUUGUGCUCCAUCCCCACCCCCAGAUAAUUGGCACAGGUUGUAAACACUGCUGGGCACUGCGUGAGAGCAUCCCCGCAGCCCAUGUUAGGAAGGCAGCUGAGCAUGGUGUGGCUGCUUGAGCAAGGUGAGGGUAGCUGAAGGCUGAGCAGCCUCUGACGAAGCUGCCAAUUAAAAACUGGAUAUUCUGCUCACCUGCAGAGAGGCAUGUAGGCUGCUGGAAGCGAGCUUCCUCGUCAGGUAUCUGUGGGAUGCGCUUGCUCUGGGUGGGUGACAACACACGGUGCAGUCCUACCUGGGGGUUGUACACAGGUAAACGCUAUUCCUAAAUCUGAGUGUAGUGGGAGAGGUGUGUGUUAUGAUUUCACACGGUGCUUUUGUGGAUUCUCUCAAUUUCAAAGACUUCCUUGGGCGGGUGAGAGGAGAGAAAGGAUUACUUCAGUCUCCGGCAAGCAGUUCCAGUUUUAUUCAGUACCUGGCCGUGGCAGUGCUCACCUGCUCUCUGCCCAGGGAGAAGGAUGUGAGCGAUGCUGGACAGGCUGACGGCACGUGUGUGUCUUGUGACCCUGCACGCGUUUCCUGCCCCCUUCUGAAUUAAGCUGGGAUUUCAGGCUUGCAGCUAGACUGAGCCUCAACUGAAUACACUUAAUAAGAUGUCUGUGUGCCUGCCAGUCAAGGGAAAGUAAGCAUGGUCUGGCAGCUGGUGCCUGUGCACCCUCUCUUGUUCCUUAUCCUCCUGCCUGUUCCAAUAGGACAUGGUGCUCCUGGCCUCCCGAGGAGAGCCAUCUCCAGACAGGUCCCUGCAGAGCUGCCGAGAGAGUCACGAGGCUUCCAGGUGGUGCUCGUGUGCUUGGAGAAGUGGCUGCAGGGAACUGUGCUGGAAGCAACCGGGUGCCAGGGCGUAGCGAGGCGUGUUGGCUGAAAUAGCUCUGCCACAGCAGGCAGUCGGCUUGCCUGCUUUUGGCAGCAAGAUGGGUACACGACACGUAGCUUGUGCAGGGAGCAGCUACGCUCCUGUUUCUUCUGCACAGGACCAGGGAGGCUGUUUCCCAGCAGCACCAGCAAAUCUGGGCUGACGCCUAGUGAGCAUCGUUGCUUGUUCCGCUUCUGCUAAUGAAACAGCAUGGCUGUUUAUCUCAGUAGGUGGAGAGUUGCUGUAUUUUUCUUGUCUUCAUCCAUCCUUUUCUUUCUUUUUUUCUAGGUCUGCUUGGAGCCAAAUCUUGUCUAUGUGUGUGUCAUUUUGUCUCUUUUAAUACACUGCCCUGACUUGCUUGCUGUGAAGGGAGUAUGCAUCUGGAGAUUAAAGUUGCUCUUAACUUCAUCAUCUCAUACCUGUACAACAAGCUUCCUCGGAGGCGGGCAGACCUGUUCGGUGAGGAGCUAGAGCGCCUGCUGAAGAAGAAAUAUGAGGGUCACUGGUACCCAGAGAAGCCUCUGAAGGGCUCAGGCUACCGCUGCGUUCAUAUUGGAGAGACGGUGGACCCAGUAGUGGAGCUGGCAGCCAAGCGGAGCGGGCUGGCUGUGGAGGAUGUGCGUGCCAAUGUGCCGGAAGAACUGAGCGUCUGGAUCGAUCCUUUCGAGGUCUCUUACCAGAUCGGUGAGAAGGGCUCCGUUAAGGUCCUCUACCUGGAUGACAGCGAGGGCUGCAGCGCUGCUGAGCUGGACAAAGAAAUCAAGAGCAGCUUCAACCCUGACGCCCAGGUAUUCGUCCCCAUUGGCAGCCAGGACAACUCACUGUCCAACUCUCCAUCCCCCUCUUUCGGCCAGUCACCGAGCCCCACCUUCAUCCCUCGCUCUGCCCAGCCCAUCACCUUCACCACUGCCACAUUUGCUGCCACGAAGUUUGGCUCCACCAAGAUGAAGAAAGGCGGAGGGGCCGGAGGAGGGGGUGGCGGCGCAGGGGCCACGCAGCAACCACGGAUGGUCAGGUCGCCCACUACCAACCUGCUGAAGCACAAGGGUCUCUCCCUGUCCAUGCACUCUCUGAACUUCGUCGGGAGCGCUGGGAGCCAAGCCCCACAGUCGCAGCUCUCCCCCAAUGCCAAGGAGUUCGUUUACAGCGGUGCCUCGCCAGGGGCCAGCAGCCUAUUCUUCGAUGGUGUUGCCAGCGAGAGCCAGGCCAGCAGCAUCCCUCCAGCGUCGCAGUUCAAUGCUGGCACAGGCAGCACCUUUGAUAUGGCUCAGGUCUUCGGCGGCAGCACCAACAACCUCUUCUUGGAGAAGUCUCCCUUUGUGGAAGGACUCAGCUACAAUCUGAACGCCAUGCAGUAUCCCAGCCAGUCCUUCCAGCCCGUCGUCCUGGCCAACUGAACGCAGGGAAGGAGAGUAUUGGGGGCAGGGGAGGGAGGGGGGGAACAACAACAACAAAACGGGGAGAGAAAACAAAUAUACAGAAAAUAUUCAAAUCUUAUAAAUAUAGCUUCUUGGAAAAAGAGAGAACCCAGUGUUGUUGCGCUGUGCUGGCAACGCUCCUGAAGCACUGACUUGUUUUUUUAAUCUCAGUCCCUGUGCUUUUUCUCCUACUCACUUUUUUACUCUUUAGAUGAGUCUCUGGUCUUUUGGGUUGUGUUCCCCCUUCCCCAGUCCCAGAUCGGCACAGGUGUAGGUCACAAUGCUCCCUUUCCACUCCCACCUGGCUGUAGGAGGGGCAGGCAGUAUGAGGGGGGCUUGCUUUGCUGUUACUGCUGUGUGUGUGGGAGGAGAGCAUCUCAUGUGCCUGGAGGUUCACACCGCUGCACUGCUGUUGCUCCAGGCUAGCAUCCAGUUCUGUCUGUGCUGAGAAGCACCUGCUGCCCUGUCUCAUCUCCAGCUAUGGGAGGGCAGCAGUCCCCUUUGUGCACCAAUCAAGGGGCUUUUCUGUGCCCUUUUGGGGUUGGUUCGGAGGAUAGCCCUGCAGCAUAGAAACACUGCAGGUCUGUCCCUGUGUGAGGAGGUGGUGCUGAGCUGUUGGAUCCUGUCCCCUCCUGGUGGACACCCUACCUGCAGGACUGAGCGUUCGCUCGUGAUCCUUUGGUCCUAGGUUUGAGCUCUUGUUGCCGGCUGUGGAUUUGUCUUCAUCUUGGAGAGGGGAUUUUUUUUCAGUAGUUAGAGGCAGCGCUAUUUUGGAGAAGAAAAAGGGCUAUGUUGUUGAAGCUGCUGUCUUGGGCAAUGGUAAGUGGUCUACAGGUCACUUCUGUGCCAGGGUCUGGGCCCCCAGGUGGGGCAGGAGGACCCUUGGGUGUGAAGGAGGCUGUGGUGGGAGUGCGGAAGAGUGCGGAGAGGAGAGAAGCAGUCAUGAGACUCCAGUUUUUGAAGUUUAAAAGAAAAAUGAGCUUUUUGCUGCCUGCCAGGCUGGGGGUUUAGUUCUCUUGAAACGGUGCCUCUGGAGCACACUCUGAAACCCGCUUCUGUGGCUGCUGUACCAAUGUGCUCCUUCAGGACAUCCCUGUUCAGGGAGGUGGUCUGCAGCUUGUGCUUUUUCCCCUCUCCUUGACCCAAGAUGAAGGCGUGCCAGCCCUCCUGUUGUUGCCGGUGAGCCUUUGCAGAGGCAACGGGAUGGGUGUGGGGGGCCAUCGUUGCCACAACCCUGAGGAGCAUUUCCACCCUGGCGGGGGCGGGCCCCCAGCAGGCUGCUUGCUGCCAUCGGGCUAUGACCGGCACGGCGGGCCGGGCUCACUUGGCUUCUCCUAAAAUGGCGUCCGUAGCCUCGGCCCUGCGGGUUUCCAGGCUGGAGCAAGCUGCUCAGGAACAGCUGAGCCAUCUGCAUCUUUCUUUGCCUAUUCUGUUUGGUUUUUAACCUACUUACGGAUGUUACCACUGCCACCCUCUCCCUGGGAGCACGCUACUGACUGCCAGGGCCCCGCUCGUGGGACCCGGCUGUCCCCAGUGCUGGCAGUGCCACCUGUCAGUCGCUGCCAGGGGACAGCGGACCCCUUUGGCACCUUUGGGGAGAGGCAGGGAGCCCCGACCCUGUGCGUGUGAAGCUUUGAUGCCGCUUUGCCCCCAUAGCCACGUUGGGAACCGUGGUGCGAAGGGAGGGAGGGACCAAGCUCUGUAUUAAACAAGUGUGCUUCAGAAGCGUUCCCCCGGCGUCAGGCAGCGAUGGAAAACUAGCAGCCUUUUCAGGGCUUUUCUAGUCUUGGAUGUAGGCGUUCAGCUUCAAUUUUAUUUUUUAAAACCUGCACUAAUUUACCUGGUUUCUUAGGGAGAGAAGAGAGAAAAUUUUUUUUUAACUUUUAUUUUUAUGGGUUUGUGUUCUUUUUGUUGAUGUCCGUUUGUAUUGAAUAAUUUGCUACGUUUGUAAAAUGCAAGAGGUAUAUAUAAUAUAUGUAUAUUUCUAACGUAAAAAAAAAAA